UUGUGUUAAUUUCAAAAACAAAUGAAAACAAAAACAUUCACGAUGUAGACCACCCUAAGUUUCUUCUCAAAUUGUUUCCACUACUGUGAUAUUCUUUAUCCUUAUCUGAAGACUAUCAAAAAGGGCCUCAAAUGAGUCCUAGGAAAUGGGAAGAAGAUAUCAUUUUGGGAUGAUAACUGGACCCCAUUUGAUCCCUUAAGUCAAUUUGUUCAAAUGAAUGAUCCCUUAAGGAUUUUAUUGGCUGGGAAAAUAACAGAUGGAAAAAUGAGGAACUACAAGACUUGCUUCCCCCUCAUUAGACUUAGAGAAAUGAAAUCCUUGCAAUUUCAAUUCCUCAUACUAACAAAGAAGAUCACCUAAUUUGGGGAGGAAAUCCAAGUGGUAACCUCUCAAUCAAAACUGCAUAUAUUGAGACCCUUGACACCUCCCAUAGAGAGCACACUGAUUUAGCCCUAAAAAAGGAAAUUUGGAAAAUUAAAUCUUUUCCACUAUAAAAAUUUUCCUCUGGAUGCUUAUCAAUGUUAAGCUACCAACAAAAAGGUUACUUAUUGAAAGGGGCCUUAAUGAUGGUGCCUAACGGUUGGGUUGCUCCAUUGUGACCUGGGUGACCAUGGUUCAAAUCUUGGAAACAGCCUCUCUGUAUAUCUGCAGGCGUAAGGCUGCAUACAUCUGUCCCUCUCCGGACCCCGCAUUGGUGAGAGCCUCAUGCACUGGGCAGUCUGGGCUACCCUUUUAUUGAAAGAGGCCUUAAUAUUAUGCGUGGUUACAUGAGAUGCGGAGAUUCAGUAGAAGAUGAGAAUUAUAUAUUUCUCAAAUAUCCAGUGGUGAGGCAAAUCUGGAUGGCUACAGAAGAAACCUGCCCGGGUCCUAGCUUGGAUAUAGAUGCUUAUAUAACAAGGACGUCCCUGAGUAGUACUGGAAAAAAAUUUCCUUCCUACUAGGGAUUAUAUAGAAAGAUAGGAGUUAAACCAUUUUUAAAAACACAAAGGAAUAUCCACCUCAUAUAAUUGAAAAAGCUUGGGUAACACAUUAGGAAUUUUGUGGGGACACAGAGGACACUAACCCAUCUCCUAAUCCAAAUGACCAAGUAAUGGUUAAGUGGUUCCCACUGAAAGACCAAUAGAUUAAAAUUAAUUUUGAUGCUUCAAAAAAAAAAACAGGAUGGAAGGAUAUCUUAUGGUUGUGUUGGCAGGGACUAUAUGGACAAAAUAAUAUUUAUUAAAGCUGACAGAAUUGGAAUCUCUUUGAUCAACAUUGCAGAAGCCUGGGCAGCUAGAGAAGCUAUAUUUCUUUCUAGAGAGUUGGAGACUAAGAAAAUCAUCGUCGAAGGACAUUCAAAGCUAGUUAUAGACUGCCUCAACAGAAGAACAAAGAUCCCAUGGAGCAUAAAAAAUAUUAUCGAGGAUUGCUGGGAGAUGACUAGAGUAGCAGAGCUUGAAAUCACUUAUCAAAACACCUAUCAGGAGGCAAACCAGCUUGUUGAUUUCUUAGCUAAUGCAGGGCACUUGAUGAGCAUCUAUGAUGCUAUUGCUAUUUUGGAUUUUCAUUGUAUUGCCUUAGCUGACGCUUGGGGCAAUUCUGUCCCCAGAGCCUUGUAAUUCACUUUUAUCACUAAGAAAAAAGAGCAUCAUCUGGAACUUAAGUAAACUUUGUCAUAACUGCAGACUAGUUAUGAGGAGCUUCCUGAAACAGAUUUCUGAUGUCUUUUUGUGUGUGUGUGUGAGAGAGAGCUGUUAUUCAAGGGUUUACAUUUAUGUUUGGACAUUUUUAUCUUGGUGUGGCAUGAAUGCCAAGUAUUAAGUUGUCCAUAAGCGCCUGGCAUGUUGAUCUCAAAAUUUAUGGCAUGGUAUGCAGUGAUAAAUAAUUUGGAAAUACAUUAAAAAUAAGAGACCAAUUGGACAUGUCCUUUUCUUUAUAUACCUUAUUUACUAGUUUUAAGUGCCCAAGUUUUAUCUGCCUUAAGCUUGAACAUUAUCAAGAUGCUUAAUGGAAUUUAAUGCCAAGUGCGAGUUCCUAAUGAAAUUGUGCAUUUCUACCACAUAUUAUAGACACUUUAUCUGUGUUUUUUGGACAAUCAAAUAGGUCUCACUUAGAGGUAGGGUGUCUUUCAACAUAAAAUUAAAGUACAACAGGAAAAUGGAAGGAUGCAUCUGGACUCUGGAGUCAUGUGUGAUUGGAGAAUAUCACUUUGGCUAAAAGGAAAAUUUUAUAAGACAGUUACAAGUCCAACAAUGUUGUAAGAAGAGAAUCAGAAAUUGUUGGGCAGUAAGGAAACAACAUGUCCAAAAAAUAAAUGUGGCAGAAAUGCAAAUAUUGAAAUGAAUGGUAAAACUAAACAGGAUAGGAUAAACAAUGAACGAAGGAACCAAAGAGUAGCUCCAAUAGGUAAUAAAAUGAGGGGAAGUUGACUAAGAUGGUUUGGUCAUGUAUUGAGAAGACCAUCUACUACACUAGCAAGAAGUUGUGAUCUGUUACUAGUUGAAGGGGCUAGAAGAGCUGGGGCAGACCAAAAAGUACAUAGGUUGAAUUAGUGAGAAAUGAUUUAAGGGCCCAUAAUUUAACAAUGGCUUUAUUGAUAAAAAAUGGCAUUAAACAAUGCAUAAUGGCAGGACAAGACUUGUGUAGUCAACCCCAUAUAGUUUGGACAAGGCUUAAAUGAUGAUGAUGAUGAUGAUGAUGAUGAUGAUGAUGAUUGUGACACUUGUUCAUCCACUGGAGGCCAACACAGUGGAGGAGAGUGUAACUUCUACACUAUCAUGGUCCGAGAGAAAGAUGUCUGCUGGGAAUAUUGUGAUAAGCUAGAAGGAAACAAAGUAAGGUGUAAAUUUUGUCUGAAAGUUCUGAAUGGGGGAAUUAGCAGAUUGAAGCAUCAUCUAUCCCGAGUACCCAGUAAAGGUGUUCACCCUUGUAGCAAAGUAAGGGAUGAGGUUACUGAUAGAGUGAGAGCCAUAAUAGCAAUGAAGGAAGAGGGAAAAGAAGCCGCCAAUGCUAAAAAGCAACGACUAGCAGAAACAAAAUGUCCUGGGAACAUGUCUGCAAGCAAACCUCUCAUGCCUAUGGAGGCAAUGUCUCCAAUAACAAAAGUUUUCCCCUCUGGCUCCCAGAUAGCUCCUCCACCUUCAUAUGACAGGGAUAAUGCAGAAAGAAGUAUUGCUCUAUUCUUCUUUGAAAAUAAACUGGAUUUCAGUGUUGCACGCUCUUCUUCAUAUCAACUAAUGAUGGAUGCGGUAGCAAAGUGUGGCCCUGGAUUUCGGGGCCCAUCCUCAGAAACACUGAAGACCACAUGGUUAGAAAGAAUCAAGUUUGAAGUAAGCCAACAAUGUAAAGAAAUUGAGAAAGAGUGGGCCACCACAGGUUGUACAAUCAUUGCAGAUACAUGGACUGAUAAUAAGUCAAGAGCUCUGAUAAACUUUUUAGUGUCAUCACCCUCGGGGACUUUCUUCCAUAAAUCUGUAGAUGCAUCUACAUAUUUCAAAAACACUAAAUGUCUUGCUGAUCUAUUUGAUUCAGUUAUUCAAGAUUUUGGCCCAGAAAAUGUUGUUCAAGUAAUUAUGGAUAAUGCUCUGAAUUAUGUUGGUGUGGGCAAUCACAUUAUGCAAAACUACAGCACCAUUUUCUUGUCUCCUUGUGCUUCUCAUUGUUUGAAUCUAAUCUUAGAGGAUUUUUCUAAGAUUGAUUGGGUUAACCGUUGUAUUUUACAAGCACAAACUAUUUCAAGGUUUAUAUACAAUCACACAUGGGUUCUUGAUCUAAUGAAAAAAUUCACUGGAGGGCAAGAACUUGUUCGGACUGGUAUUACAAAGUCUGUAUCCAAUUUUCUCUCCUUGCAGUCCAUGUUGAAACAAAGGUCAAGAUUGAAACAUAUGUUCAACAGUCCAGAGUAUUCAUCAAAUCCUGCAUAUGCAAAUAAACCACAGAGCAUAUCUUGCAUUGCCAUUCUUGAGGAUGCUGACUUCUGGAGAGCAGUUGAAGAGAGUGUAGCAGUUUCUGAGCCUAUACUUAAAGUAUUGAGGGAAGUUUCUGGUGGGAAACCUGCUGUUGGUUCUAUAUAUGAGUUUAUGACCAGGGCCAAGGAAUCUAUAAGGACCUAUUACAUAAUGGAUGAGAAUAAGUGCAAGACGUUUUUAGACAUAGUUGAUAGAAGAUGGCAGAAUCAGCUCCAUUCACCUCUACAUGCAGCAGCAGCGUUUUUGAAUCCUAGUAUCCAAUACAAUCCAGAAGUUAAAUUCCUUACACUUAUAAAGGAAGAGUUCUUUGCUGUUUUGGAGAGAUUACUCCCAACACCUGAACUGAGGCAUGACAUCCCAGCACAAAUUGUUGUAUUUAAAAAGGCAACUGGAAUGUUUGGUUGCAACCUAGCAAGAGAGGCACGGAACACAAUCUCCCCUGGCCUCUGGUGGGAACAAUAUGGUGAUUCUGCUCCAAUGUUGCAACGGGUUGCAGUUAGAAUACUUAGUCAGGUUUGCAGUGCUUCCACCUUCGAGAGGAACUGGAGCACAUUUCAGCAGAUCCACUCUGAGAAGCGAAAUAGGCUUGACAAAGAGACAUUGAAUGACCUUCUCUAUAUAAAUUACAAUCUGAAGCUUGCAAGCCGGAUGAAAGGGAAGCCUAUAGAGACUGAUCCUAUUCUAGUUGAUGACAUAGACAUGACAUCAGAUUGGGUAGAGGAGACUGAAAACCCAAGCCCAACUCAGUGGCUAGAUCGUUUUGGUUCUGCCUUGGAUGGUGGUGACUUGAAUUCAAGACAGUUUAACAAUUCCAUGUUUGGUGCAAAUGACCAUAUAUUUGAUGAAAGUAACUUUCUUCUGUGCAACCUUAUUGUCUUUCAGAUGAAAGUAACACAGAGAGGCUGAGUUCCCUUCUUAAACCUGUUUUCACAUUUUAAUAUUGGCGCUGGGUUGUACUCUUCUGUGGAAUUUAUUUGAAGCGUGAAGUUUCAUUUGUGAAAAUUUGGAGCUCCCUCUUCCAUUCGUGUACCAAGUUGAGCUGGUCUUUAACAGCAGUAACAAAAACACUGAUCCAGAAAAACAAGCUGCAGCGACCACAGUUAUCUGGAAUGCAUUUCAUUCUGAUCGACAUGGUUUAUGAGUCACCACAUUAUUUAUCAAACUAAGAAAUAUCCUAAUUUAGCAAUGUAAUUUUGUAACUGGGCAGCAACUGGUGGGAUCUUAACUAUUAACUUUAUGGUCAAUCGAUUGAUUCUACCCCUUCUCAAAUAGCAAAAGAAACAGAAUGAAGUAGAGGUCAUGCUUCUUGUAAAAUACAAACAGUCAAGCUACAUGUACAUCUUAUACUGUUAGAACUUUAUCUGGUAGUGCGUGAGCCGGGAUGAAGUUAAAGUUUUUUUUUUUCUUUUCAUGGUUGGGCUGCAGAAUAUUUUGCAAUUAAGCCUCUAGCACCUGUUUCUUGUUUAACUGAUAAUGUAUUUACAUGGCAUUUGAAGGACCGAAUUUUGGUAAUGUA